UUUUUAUUUUUUCAAAUUUCUUUCCCCUUUACCUCUUUCCUUAUUUUUUUUUUCUUUUUUCUUUUCUGCAGGUGGAAAAUGAAAUGGAGUUAUUCUUUUUUAAUCUUAUUGGUCAUGGUGAUGACAACGAUUAAAGCUAUACCCAUCUCUGUUGAUCAGAACGACGAUUUUAUUGUGGAUAUUCAUGCCUGGGCACAAAUAGUAUCGACUCAUUUUCUCUUUGACCAUGUUGACCCUUCUGUAUAUCAGCUAUCUCAACAUAUCGCUAGCACUAUUCGAACCUCAUUGACACUCGACAUAUAUGAUAAUAGCAUUGACCACAAUGACGGGAAUGAUACCUUUAUGACUCGUGUUGAUUUGAAUGUAUUGCUGGGUCAACUCCAAGGAGCAGUUGGAUCAUUUUUAGAAGACAAGUUACCAGGUAUCUGGAAUCGACAUCUAUCUCAAGUGAAUCGUAAUACGUUACAGACGAUGGUACAAGAGGAAAUGGAACGUCAAUGUCCACGACACAACUAUCGAUGUCUUCAUCAACAAGGAGCAACAACGACAUCUACAAUGGAAACAUACUUGCAGGCACAAGUGGAACAGGCGUGGAAUUCGUUAAUAUCGACUGAUUUACCUCCUCUGGUGGAAGCUGCUAAAACACAAGUACAUGGUGUAGUUGAUCUAUUUGAACCUCAACCUUGUCUUCUCCAUUGGACUUUAUCUGAGGAUGAAUUGAAGUCUCGACUUGAUGAUCACUGGCAAUUGGUUCGACAACAAUUACAACAAAAACAACAGCCUUGUCCUUCUCGUCAUCAACAUUAUAUUCAACAUUGGUUACAUACCUCUUUACAGUUAGAUCAAUAAAUAGAUGGAUCCACUUGCACUUAUGUAUAUAGACUUUUAUUUUUUGGAAAAGAAUAAAGAAAACUAUAUGACUUUUUUUUUUUUAA